ACAUACAUACAGAAACAGAGACACAGAGAGAAAGAGAGAAGAAGAAGAAGAUGGUGAGAGCUCCAUGCUGUGAAAAAAUGGGGUUGAAGAAGGGACCAUGGACACCAGAAGAAGAUCAAAUAUUAGUUUCUCAUAUUCAGAGAUUUGGACAUGAGAACUGGAGAGCUCUUCCCAAACAAGCAGGACUCUUGAGAUGUGGAAAGAGUUGCAGGCUGAGAUGGACAAACUACUUAAGACCAGAUAUCAAAAGAGGAAAUUUCAGCAGAGAAGAAGAGGACUACAUAAUUACUUUGCAUCAACUUCUUGGCAACAGAUGGUCUGCUAUUGCAGCAAAAUUACCAGGAAGAACAGAUAAUGAGAUUAAGAAUGUGUGGCACACUCAUUUGAAGAAGAGAGUUAAACAAGGCGAAAAACCGAUGAAAUUGUUGCCGAAUUCAUCGAUGAGUGAUACCGAUGGAUCAUCUUCUUCAUGCACUGAAUUUUCUGCUAUUGUUAACAGAGAUCCUGCAGAAAGUCUGGAGUUUGAAAAGAGUCUCAGGUCUGAUGCAUUGUCAUUUGAAAGCAGAAAUAUUAGUCAUGUUGAUGCAGUGUCUAAUGGUGAUGAAAUUAGUUUUUGGUUGAAAAUUUUCAUGGAAUCUGGAAAUAUCCAGGAAUUACCUGAAAUAUAAUUACUGUUUCUGCAACUCUUUGUUCAUUCUAAU